CUCUCGGCCUUUCGCUUCAGUGUGUGAAACCGAUUUAUAGACUUUGACGAAUGAAUAUAGUGAUUCAUGAUAUAGUAUUUAAGAACAAAGGUUUCUAUCUACAAAAUGGAGGCUGGUUAAGUAUUAUGUUAACUACCUAGUCUUUUGUUAUAUUAACUUAUACCUGAGGUUAACUGCAAUGCCACUUACAAGAUACGCAUGAUAUAAGAGCAAACAAAAUAUCACAAAACAGGAAUAUGGAAGCAUUGGGCGGCCUCGAGCGUGGGCAGCUUCUGCUGAUUGCCGUGGGCGUAGCCUUGCUAGGUUAUAUCUAUACUAUUCUAAGCAGUCCCCUGGCAAGAAUACCUGGUCCUUGGUAUACGCUAUGGACGGAAACAAUUUUGAAGUAUAAAGUUGUUACAGGCCAGAGGCCACAAUGGGUUCAUUCAUUGCAUGAAAAAUACGGCACCGUCGUCCGCAUCAGCCCCAAAGAGGUCAGCAUACAAGAUCAGAAUGCCGUCCAGCAGAUAUACCAGGUCAAGGGCGAGUUCCUCAAGUCCCCAUUUUACGAAAUCUUCCUACCAGGAAUCAAGAGCAUCUUCAACACGACCGAUGUCAAUUUUCAUCGACGACACCGAAGGCUCCUCGCAUCCGAGAUGUCGGAGUCGGGUUUGGCCUUACAUAGACCCACGGUUGAGACCAAGGUUCGUAUGGCUAUUGAGGGCAUGGCCGAAGAAAUGGAGAAGCGCGGUGCUACGGAUGUGUGUCGUUGGGCUUUAUAUAUGGCUACCGACGUGAUCGGUGAGCUCAGCUUCGGAUCUUCGUUCCGCAUGCUAGAAACAAAGGAGGAGAACCAAUACACCCGCGACUUGAAAACGAUAGCAUUUGCUGGAGGUCUCAGGUCAACAUUCCCUUUCCUCAUGAAGAUCACUAGGUACGUCCCGCUGCCGGUUCUCAGCACGGGAAUGCGAAUCCGAGACCGCAUGCGCGGAUACGCAACGCAAUCGCUAGCCCGACACUACAAACUAGUAGAGGAGCAAGGACAGGACGCCAAGCACACGCUCCUAUCUAAGUUAUACCGCGCCUCAGAGGACGAUCAAGACACGCUGCCUUUCGAUGAGCUGUGCGAGGAUGCCAUGGCGUAUAUCGCAGCAGGAAGCGAUACUACCACCAAUACCUUGACCUACCUCAUAUGGACCUUAUGCAAGCGCCCCGACGUUAAGGCGAAGCUGCUGGCAGAACUAAGCACGCUGCCGGACGGAUUCACGGACCUGGAUCUAAAGAAGCUGCCCUACCUCGAUCAUGUGAUUCAGGAGACGCUGCGCUUAUACAGCGCUGCCCCCUCGGGUCUGCCUCGUGUCGUACCCCAGGGAGGUGCUACUCUUGCCGGCCAUUACAUUCCCGGCGGCUACACGGUGUCGGCGCAGGCGUACAGUGUGCAUAGGAACCCGGCUGUCUAUCCGGAACCGUUGAAAUUUGACCCUUCAAGAUGGGAGAAUCCGACGAGGGCGAUGAAGGACGCGUUUGUGCCGUUUGGUGGAGGUAGCAGAAUCUGUAUUGGCCUGCACUUAGCCAAGAUGGAACUGCGUCUCGCGACCGCGCGGUUCUUUACCCGGUUCCCGAAUGCCACUGUCUCCCAUUUAGAGGGAUUCACGGAUGAGGAUAUGGUACCUGCCAUGUUCUUCCUCAUGGGGCCGAAGAGCCAGCGCUGCUUGAUUGAUGCUCAUUGAGGGGUGCUGAUGUCGUCUGCUCAACUAGGAUACCUAUUAUCUGACUUUGCGGGUGGCCAUGUUGGAAGAAUACUGUUGGCUCUACUCAUAUUGUACUUAUCCGUCGAGAUUACGGGACGACUAUCCGGCAAACUUGUAUAUCAAGAGAAUUGAAGAUAGGGUAGGUGUACAUGGUACAAACGCUUCUUGUAAAAUUGUUGGAUCUAGUACCUGUAUAUAAUCCGUACGUUUAAGUACCUAAAUAAAUAGGUAUUUAUAGCGAAGACUCCACUAACUAGUUAGUUCAUGAAUCAGAGAUUAGCUGUGAAGUCCCCCGUCUCUGUUUUUAGUAUACCCACAGGGCUGAACAAGCGGAAAGGGAGUUGAUUUUAUCAUCCAUAGUUGGAGGCUUCGUUGCCGC